AUGGCGGCCAAAUGCCCGUUCUCGGGCGAUGCGGAGGAUGCCUCUCUUUUUGAUGACCUCUCGGAGGACGGCCCUGAGUUUCCGCUGCCUGAAGGCAUAAAGAAGGAGAUCCUUUUUGAGGCGGCCACCUCGGAGUGGAAGCAGCCGAAAGCCGGGGACCAGGUGACGGUGCACUUUGUGGCCUCUGUGGGGGGCCAGGAGAUCCGGUCCACCCGGGAGGAGGGUGAGGCGGUCACCUUGCUUCUGGGCCAGGGGGACGCUGUUUGCCCUGGGCUGCAGCUGGGCAUCCCCACCAUGCGCCGCGGCGAGCUUGCCAGGUUUUCGAUGACCCCGGAGUAUGGGAAGGGAACGCUCGAGCCCAAGGCCCCAAACUCCACCGAGACCUUUGUCUACGAGGUGGAGUUGGUGGCCUGGAAGGCCAAGGUGGACUUGUUCGAGGACCGGACGGUGCUGAAGACGGUGGAGCAGGAGGGCAGCGGCUGGAAGCUGCCGAAGUCCAAGGACGAGGUGGGCCUGGCGCUGCGCAUCGCCCGAAACGGCCAGGUUUUGAAGGAGUUGCACCACCUGGAGUACACCCUGGGCUCGGCGAUGUUUUCGGGGGCCUCCGUAGUUAUCGACCGGUGCCUGCGGACCAUGAAGCGCGGGGAGGUGGCGGAGCUGCAGUGCAGGCGGGCGCUGGACCUGGGCGCAGGGCCGCAGAAGGAGCUGCAGAUCCUCAUCACCCUCAAGGAGAUCCACGAGACCCGGGACGUGUCCUUCGCCAAGGACAAGAGCCUCAUGAAGAAGCAGGUGGUCGAAGGCCAGAGCAUCGACACACCCAAGGACGGAAGCAACGUAAGCCUGAUUCUCAGCCCAGCGAGCUGCUCUCAGAACGUGGCUUUCGAGAGCAAAGUGCUCAACUUCGUGUGCGGAGACGGAGAAGUGCCAGAUGCUCUGGAGUUUGCAGUGGCUGAGAUGAAGAAAGGGGAGAAGGCGAUCCUCACGGUGAAGCAGCCGACGGAUCUGGCGGCUGACCUGGGCAUCGACGCAGGGGAGGAGCUCGCUGUGAGUCUUAUGCUGGAGGACUUCGAGCAGGUGCCAUUGCUGGGCUCCUCCCCGGAAGACAACCUCCAGCGCUUGGCGCGGGCGAGGCAGCGGAAGGAGGUGGGCACCCGGCUCUUCAAGGCCCAGCGCUACGCGCUGGCGGUGCUGCGCUACAAGAGCGCGGCGGAUUUGCUGAGCUACGUGGAGCACUUCGAGCCUGAAGCCAAAAGCCAGGCCCAGGACCUCAAGCUGACCUGCGAGCUGAAUCGCGCGGCCUGCGACCUGAAGCUGCAGCGCUACAAAGAGGCGAAGGUCGCCUGCCAAGUGGUGCUGCAGUCGCAGCCGGAGAACAUCAAGGCGCUCUUUCGGAGAGCCCAGGCUGAGCUUGGCUUGAAGAACUUCAGCGAGGGCGUCGCUGAUUGCAAGAAGGUGCUGCAACUCGACGCCGAGAAUCGGGAUGCGAAGGUGUUGCUGAGGCAGGCGCUGGCCGGCCAGAAGGAGGCGGAAAAGAAGUACAAGGCGGUUUAUGCGAGCAUGUGCAAAGCUCUGGGCAAAGAGAAUGAGCCCCAGCCAGCGAAGCCGGUUCCGGAGGUUGCCUCCAGCUUGAGAGAAAGAGAGGUUCCGAGGGCUGGGGUCAUCUCCACGGUCUUGCAGGGCAUGUCCCGCGCGUUCCUCUUCUUCCCCAACUUGGCCGCCGGUCUCAAUCCCGGGAGGGGCCAUGAGGGGCGAGGGGCGAGGCUGGAGAUCAAGAAGUCGGAGCUGUCCAUGGGUGCGACCAUGCACUCCAGCGAGGCGUCCCCAGAGAUGAGGCAUAUCCGCGUGCUGGAAAACAGGUUGGACAAGACCCACAUCAAGUACAACGAGGCGCAAAGCAUCCGCAAGACCUAUGAGGCCAUUGUCAAGCGCCUCAAGGAGGAACGGAUGGGCUUCGACAACCAGCUGGCAGGAAUCGAGAGGACGCUGAAGGCCAAAGAGCGCGACUAUGAGGAACUCCUCUUGCUUUCACAUGACGCCUACCAUGCCAAGGAGAUGGCGCAAGCUGAGCUGCAUCGCUUUGAGCAGGGCGUCAUGGAGGAGAGGAACCAACGGGACAAGGAGGUGCAGGAGAAGAAGGCCUUGGUGGAACAGAGGGUGGAGAUGAACAAACGCCUGGAGAUGCGGGAGAGGAUGCAGAGGCAGCAGCAACAGGAGGUGGAGAGCGCGCAGAAGGCCCAAGCCAGGGACGUGCCAGUCACGGAGACGGCAGGCACCGCGGGAGAUGUUGCGGAGGAAGAUCAGAAGAUCCAACUCUUCAUUCACGCCUUCAACCAGAUCAAGGAGGCGACCGGCGUGAACGACCCCAAUGAGAUCAUCCAAAAGUUCCUCACGCAGGACGACACUCAGAAGAAUCUGACGCAGCUGACCAAGGACAAUCACGCCACCAUCGAAAAGUUGCAGGAGGAACGUCGCCAGCUCCGAUCCCAAGUGGAGGAGUUGAAGUUCUCCAAUGGCGGUGGCGGUGGCCGGCGGCAGGCCAUCGACGACUUCGAGACCCACCUGGGCGAGGCCACCGAGAAGUGCGAGCGCAACCGCGGGAAGUACGAGCGCCUGGCGCGGAUGCUGAUCGACGUCAAGGCGGGGAUCAGCCAUCUUUCGGAGCUGCUGAACCCCAUCAAGUUGGAGGGCGAAGCACCGCAGCCGCUGGAGAUGAGCGAUGAGACGGUAGAGGAAGUUCUCCAGGAGAGCGAAAAGAAGAUCUCCAAGCUUCUCAGCUUGACGGCCAGAUUCGAGGAGGUGAGCGAGCAUCAGCGUCAGAUGGACGAAGAGCGGUACGAGGAGAAGCUGAUGAUGCGAAGCCAAUCCGAGGCACGCAUCAAGCUCACCGACAAGGAGGAAGACAAUGAAGAUGACGAUGACUUCGACGAGGAGAUGGAUGAAGAUGUCUUUAGCCGCAAGCAGGCCAUCCAGAACAGCGAGCAAAUCCUCGAGAAGCAUCAGACCAAGAAUCGGCUCAAGGGCAAGGGCAAGAAGAAGGACAGACACUGGGUUCCGCAGCCAGAAUACUCGGCGCAUCGGAGGGCUUGGGGAGAUUGA